CCACGCCUUCUUUCCUCUCUUUUCCCUUCAUUAUUAUCUUUCCUCUCUUAAUCCCUCCCCUUAAUUACUCUUUCUCACAUUUCUUUUCCUCUGGCUACCUUCCUUUUCCCUUCCUCCCUCCCAUGGAGAAGCAGAGACUUGGGUUGCUCUUCAUCUUCGCCAUCGUCAUCUCCCUAGCCGUUCUCUCCUUCGUCUCCUGCGUCAUCGCCGAGAUCAAGAAAGUCAAGAAGAAGGAUGUGAAAUUGCAGGAUGCGAUGUGCUAUCUGCCAGAGAGCCAUGCGUUUGGCUUCGGAAUCGCGGCAAUCGCAUCCCUAGUUAUCGCCCACGCAUUGACCAACUUGUUCAUUUGCGGCAACUUCUUGUCCUCUUUCUGCUCUUCUUCCAGAGAGAAGCCGGUCACCCCUCCUCUGCCUCCUUCCGCUUCUAUUUCUUCUUCAACUUCGUCUUCUUCCUCUGCCUCCAAGAAACCCUCCAUCCCCGCCCUCCUCCUCCUGCUCUUCUCCUGGGCGAGCUUUGGGCUAGCGGUGGUGCUAUUAGGGGGAGCGACGAGCAUGAGCGCAACGCAGCCGUUUGGGAAAGGAUGGCUGGACGGCAAGUGCUACGUCGUGAAAGACGGCAUCUACGCCGGCUCAGGGGUUCUGACGCUGGUGUCCACCGCCGCCGUCCUUGGCUCUGCCGUUGUCACCGUCAGAAAAGCCCAGGCUGAACAGGGUCGCAGAGUACAUGCCCAAGCUGUCGUAGGCUCCUGAUACUCCCUUCUUUUUUAUUUUAUUUUUUUGGCCGGAAAGAAAAAUUACAGGCUAGAUACAAAGAGAGAAAAGAAAAACAAACUUAUACACAGAUAGAAAGUUACAAAGUUGUUCCUACCAACAAAAAAAAAAAAGUUACAA